AUGAAUGCGUCUAUGGAACUACGGCCGCACCGAGCGGACGACGAUAUCGAGACCCCUGUGCCUGCAAAGGCUGAUAUCCAUCUCGUGGAGAGCACAGAGACUGGCAUCCCUUCCAAAUAUGCCGAUAUAGUGGCCUCUCGUCUCUCCAGAUCCCAUCGGGACUUCCUGAUGGAGCAUCACGGCACACUGGAUCUCGAUCCUAUUCCAAGCAUGGAUCUUGCAGACCCUUAUAAUUGGCCCGCAUGGAAGAAAAUGGCGAAUCUGAUCCUAGUCGCUUUCCACGCAUGCAUGGGUACCUUUGCCGCAAGCGGAAUCAUCCCAGGCUACAGCAUCAUCGCCGAGGAUUUUGGCGUCUCCAUCAACAAAGCGAGUUACCUUACCUCCCUUCAGAUUGCGAUUCUGGGCGGAGCGCCAUUGUUCUGGAAGCCCUUGUCUCAACGUUACGGACGUCGCCCCAUCUUCUUGCUAUCAUUGAUUUGCAGCUGUAUCUGCAACAUAGGGUGUGCCAAAAGCUCCGAUUAUGCAUCGGUCGCUGCCUGUCGAGCCUUGCAAGCCUUUUUCAUUUCCCCGGCUUCCGCCAUCGGAAGUGCUAUUGUGAUGGAAACAACUUUCAAGAAGGAUCGCGCCAAAUACAUGGGAAUCUGGACUCUAAUGGUCACAGUUGGCAUUCCUUGCGGUCCAUUCAUCUUCGGCUUCGUGGCGCACCGUGCUGGUUACGUGUGGAUUUACUGGGUGCUGGCAAUGAUCAAUGGCGGUCAGUUUAUUCUGUACCUCUUCUUCGGGCCAGAAACUCGUUACAUCGGCGGCGACGAAAACCCGAAAGAGCCCGCCUGGAAACGAGAAUACCUUUCCCUGCGACGCAUCGACCCAGCUCCCUUUAUGUGGUAUGAGUUUGUCAAGCCUUUGACGAUGGUCAUGCAACCAUGCAUUGCCAUACCCGCAGCGGCCUAUGCCAUGGUCUUCUGCCUAAGUAAUGUCUUGGCCACAGUUGAGGUACCAACGCUUUUGGAACGCAGGUGGGGGCUCAACCCAGAACAGCUGGGACUACAGUUCCUUGGUCCCAUCAUUGGAUCGGUACUGGGAGAGCAACUUGGUGGCAGGAUGUCCGAUCUGUGGAUGAGGCAGCGAGAGCGCAAGGCUCGUAAGAGGCCUGAGCCGGAACACCGCCUGUGGCUCAGCUACAUUGGUUAUAUCCUCUCCAUUGUCGGUCUCAUUGUCUUCCUUGUAUGUACUCAACUGUCCGGAAACCACUGGGAAGUUGCUCCUAUCAUCGGCAUCGCCAUUGGAGCCGCUGGCAACCAGGUAGUGACCACGGUGCUCAUCACGUUCGCCGUCGACUGUUAUCCCGAAGAAGCCGGUAGUGUUGGCGUUUUCAUCACGUUCGUUCGGCAGAUUUGGGGAUUUCUUGGGCCGUUCUGGUUUCCUGCUAUGUUUGAGAAUGUUGGAGUCGCUGCCAGUGCUGGAGUCGGCUGUGCUCUGAUUGUGGGAGCUAGUGUCUUCCCGACGAUUAUCGUUCACUGGCAAGGCGAGAAAUGGCGUCCCAGCCAGAGAUGA